AUGCGCCGCCACAGCCUGCUGCUACAGCACUUGACUCGCGCCGGCAGACGAGGUCCAGGCGUUGCUUUAUCAAUUCGAGCGCUCAAAAAGGCGCCGUCAAAGUCAUGCUCAUGUAACCAUAGCCUGAGAUCCUUUUCGGGCCGGACGUUCAAAGCCAAUGAGCUUGAGCAGCUCAGCACUAGAUUUGGUGCAGGUACCAAUGAUACGAUAUACGCACUUUCGACGGCCCAAGGCAAGGCAGGAAUCGCCGUGAUUCGCAUCUCUGGUCCGGCAUGUCUAGAUAUAUACAGAGCCCUGUGUCCAUCAAAGGCACUGCCAAAGCCUAGAUACGCCUCUGUGCGAUCGUUACUCGACCCAAAGCUUGCAGGACUCCAACGAAGUAUGCUGGAUUCGGAAGCAGUAGUCCUCUUCUUUCCCUCGCCCAAAACGGUAACUGGAGAAGAUGUAUUAGAGCUGCACAUCCAUGGUGGCACAGCUACGAUCAAGGCGGUUCUAGCAGCUAUCCCGCAGUGUGCGUCUGAGCAUCGGAUCCGCUACGCCGAGCCUGGGGAGUUCACUAAGAGGGCGUUCCUGAAUGAUCGCUUGGAUCUCGCUCGUGUUGAAUCCUUGGGCGACAUUCUAUCCGCAGAGACAGAGCAGCAGCGGCGCGCAGCCGUCAGGGGAAACUCGGGAGUGUUGGCUCGCACCUAUGAGAGCUGGAGGGAAGAGCUUCUCCUGGCCCGGGGAGAGAUCGAGGCGUUGAUCGACUUUUCAGAAGACCAACAUUUUGAUGAAUCACCGACGGAUUUGCUAGACAACGGUGGCCAGAGGAGUGAGUUGCUGAGGAGCGGUAUCCGAAUCGCACUGCUUGGGCCGCCAAACGUGGGUAAGAGCUCGUUGAUGAACUUGAUUGUCGGCCGUGAAGCUUCGAUUGUAUCUGGCGAGGCUGGCACCACCCGAGACAUUGUAGAGGCCAGCCUCGACAUUCGAGGAUACCUGUGCUCCUUUGCGGACACGGCCGGAUUCAGGUCGAGCGAUGAUCUAGUACCGUCGGGUCCCGUCGGGGCAGUAGAACUGGAGGGAAUCCGUAGAGCAAGGCAAAAGGCACAAGAGUCAGAUAUCGUCGUUGUUCUGGCAUCUCUUGAAAGCGGGCCGUCCGGUCCGUUCAUCCUCUACGAUCAGGAAACGCUGGACAUUGCCGCAGCGGCCGAAGCUCGCCUUAUCGUGGUAAACAAGAGAGAUACGGUCGAGCCUGCACAACUCCAAAGGAUGCUGGAUGAAUUUCGCCAAAGAUUAGGCGAAAAAGUCCCCAGGCUGGGAUCGGCCCAAAUAGCCGCCAUCUCUUGCAAGGAGGCCAGCCUGAGCUCUGAGCUGGGCAAGGAUCCAGGAGGAAUCCACGCUCUGACAGCGGCCUUGGAUCUGUUGGGGGUGACGGCACGCCAGGCACAGCUCCUGGCCCGAUGCAGGGGCCAUCUGGAGGAGUUUCUGGCGGAAGCGCGCCCGGAGGAUGCGAAUGUCGAGGCGGACACGGUGCUUGCGGCGGAGUAUUUGCGGUAUGCGGCGGAUUGCCUGGCGCGCAUCACUGGCAAGGGGGAGGCUGGCGAUGUGGAAGAUGUGCUGGGCGUGGUUUUUGAAAAGUUUUGCGUAGGAAAGUAG